AGGCAGACGGUGGCCAGGAUGAGGUCGCGCCUCCGCGCGGCUGCCGGCGACGCGCCGCGCCAGGCCCAGCCGUCGCUCCUGCCCGGCAGGUGGCUCAGGUUGCACAGAUACACGGACACCGGCACCGAGGUCCCUUACAUUUAUGACGUCGCCAACGCCGCGGUGAUCGAGAUGGACAUCGAGGCCUCCAUGCGUGCAGGCGCGCUGGAGCUCUGCCAGACCGAGGAGCGCGUGCAGCGGUUCAGCGAGUCGCGUGCCACGAAGGAGACGCCGCCCAAGGCGAAGAGCGUCCGCUUCCCGCACGAGGACGCGGGCGCGGCCUGGGCUGCGCCGACUGGGCGAGGCGGGUGCAGCCGCAGCCGCGAGGGCGCCCACAGGCCGGGCAGCGGGUGCUCCCGAGGCGAGGCCGCGCCGGCGGGCCGGCGCGGGCCGCACCGCCACGGCAGCGGAACGGGCGCGCAGAAGAUCCGGGA